AUGAACAGAAUCCAAACGUGGAAGUUGGAAGGCCGCCUUCAGCCUUCCUACAUUCUAGAUCACCUGGGAGAGGGUUACUUUGGCUUUGACAGACUUGGGUCCCGCAGCUUUCCGUCUAAAGAAGUUGUGCUGACUGAAGACGAAUUCACAUCGCUUCUCCUCACCGUGGGCGGACUACCACCAUCAUGUCUUGGCCUAGGCCGAUUUGCAUACCAGAUCAUUGCCUACCUGAGUCUCACGCCAUUCUUCCCCCCCGCAAACCAGAAGCCGAGGGCAACGCUUACUAUCGCUGAGAUCUACCGAGGGCUGGAGUGGCUCACACCGAACAACGUCAGGGGAGGCGAUAGUAGAGGUCGUGCUCGCACUCCCGCCGACGAACGAAGACUUCUAUUCCAGAGCUUGGCCACCGCGACCUACGACGGCACUCGUGAUGCGGAUACAGAUCGACAGAGGGCCACCCGCAACGCCUUUGCCAUGCCCGAGCCUGACUUCGAAGAAAUGGAGUGGCUACAUACCAACUAUUGCGACGACGGGGACGAGAUGUUCCAUGAUGUCUUGGACGUGCUCCACAUGUUCCAAUAUGAUGAGGAAAAGUUUCUCCCCUAUGCAAACGUAAAACGUGAAGAUUUUCGCGAAACCGCCAAAGAACUGGUCGCGAAGCAGGACCGUUUCAGACUCCAUACCCUCGCAAUACCUCUGGAUGAAUUCACUGCACUGGUUGGCUUACUGUUAGCCGCGCAAUUCGAGUGGGAAGAGGGCGAGAAACCGGAACUGGCCCCGUUCAACAAGGCUGCAACCGCGGUUGCGAGAUCAUUCUGUGACGACUCUUCUAAUGCCAUCACCUGGGGCAAGUUUGACGAUAUGCUCCCUCAAAUGCCCUUUCUCUUCGACCCGCUGUAUAGAAUACUCGCAGCCGUAUUCCUGGAAAGACUACCGUUUGAGAUAUCCUACUCCUUCAAGGCUCCUACACCCCCAAGAGAUUCAUUCAUGACUCUGCCCCGUCUAAGCCAGUUAGCCUCAAUGGUGAAUAUGGACCUGGAUUUCGAAAGUUUUGAUCGAGCCCACGAGUGGCACAAGGGUAUCCGCCCAAACGCGCAGGUUCUUGCGAACGUGCUGCAGUCUAUGCCGGAGCAAAGCGUCUUGGUGGUCAAAGGAUCAUCACGCUCAGGUGACGAAUUCAUUUUCGGCUUCUUCAACCCGCUGCCCGCCGAGCUCGAGACCCGCAAACACAAGGAAGAUGCUGAUCUCGGCCCGCCGGUCGAGCUGGAUGACGAAAUUGGUCGGCAACUCACCCUCACAAGGCUGGAUGCCGUGCACGACCGUCUGGAAUAUCGGGGCAGCAUUAUGUAUCCCGCGCGGCCGCAUGUGUUUAUGCUCAGCCCGUCCCAGCGGAUGGUGCGCUUCGAGGGUGAGCCCCGCGUCGUAGCAGACCGUCUUUGUUUCGGUGAUGCCUUGCAGUUGCGUGAUGAUGGGCUUGUUUCGUUCCAGGCAGGGGAUCGCAAUAUUCGUGUGAAGGCAACCCACAUUGAAAUUUGGGGCGAGACUGCAUGA